CUUUUGGCCAGUUGACCCCUUUUUUUGUUAGAUGAAAUGACUGCUUGCACUUAAUGCAAAAGCCAUGCGCUAUGUGCCCUUUAUCACAAAGGAUACCACAUGUAGAAAUUAGCAUUUUUAAUGUAUGUUGGGCAGUUAAAGGCAAGCCUUGGGUUUAAUCACUAUGAUUGACUGGUCAGAAGUCUUUUAGUAGCAUCAAAAGCGCCAGGAAUAAACUCCUACAAGAAGUGAAGACCAUCAGAAACCUCAUCCCUUUCCAGUUGACCUUCUCCAACAUAAAUAUAUGGCUGUGGGCAUACUUAAAAAAUUCCCAAACCCAAAUGCUUCCCAGCGCACACUUCUCCCCACGGGAAGAAGCCAAGAGAACAAGAUGCUGAUCAUGUGCAGCAACACGAGAUGGGAAGAGACCUCUCAGGACAGUGUCAAGACCCCUAUGACUGAAAGCAACUGAGCAACAAACCCUUGUCCAAAAAACCCACUGCACUAAGUCACAGGUGCUAAGCACCACGUGGUGCAUGUAGGGUCUUGAAUACAAAUUUUAAGGGAAAAAACUCCACAGUGUGUCAGGGAAAGACGGCAGGAGAUCCAGGGCACCACCACGUCUGGGAGGUGUUGAUGAGUAUGAUAUGAGAUCAUCCGUCCAUACGGAGGAGGAGGAAACUGCAGUCGUGUAUGUGCGCUUACAGGGAUGGGUCUCUCUCUCAACUUGGGCAUUUGCAAGCACUUGGAAGAAGGACGCUUGGAUUUGAAUAUUUGGUCUCGGAAGGCAUGCCAAGCUGAUUGUGCUCUGUCUGGUGACAGCGUGGUGGGCGCAAUGGCUCAGUCCAGGUCAAAUGGAUCUCACUAUGCCCUGACUGCCAUAGGGUUGGGAAUGCUUGUCCUUGGGAUCAUAAUGGCUGUCUGGAACCUGGUCCCAGGCUUUGGCCAUGGUGAUAAGUCUCCCUCUUCUUCUGGAAACAGCAGCAAGCCAGAAUCGGAUAGCGGAGGAGGAAUGCUGAAGAGCAAGACAUUUUCAGUGGCAUAUGUAUUGGUUGGGGCUGGAGUGCUCCUUCUGUUGGUUUCCAUUUGUCUGAACAUCCGGGACAAAAAGAAGCAAAGACAAAACGAGGAUCUUGGCAGGAUCCAGCACCAGGCGUCUGCUGAACCUCAGCAUCAGGAGGAUAGUCAAGAAGAGGAGGAUGAUUCACACUCCCGAUAUUACGUCCCCAGUUACGAAGAGGUUAUGAACACUGGCUACACCGAGACAAGAGACUUGGACAGAAGCACCAGGAUCAGCAUGUCUCUACCCUCCUAUGAAUCUCUAACUGGGAUCGAUGAAAACACACAGACCUCAGCGACCGCUGCUACAGGCCCCGAAGCCAACGCGGAGCGGCAGCCAAGCAGACACAGCUCUCGCUUGAGCAAACGCCUGAAACCCCUGAAGGUUCGGAGAAUUAAGUCCGAAAAACUGCACCUAAAGGACAUCCGGGUUAACCUGCCAGACAAAAAUUCAAGUCAUAUAACGAUAGAGCCAUUGACCCCUCCUCCACAGUAUGAUGAGAUUCAGGACAAAGCUCCAGGUAGUAGACAAGGGACUUAAUAUCUACAGACUGUCCAGGUAAAAACACUACUUGAACUUUGAUUUCUGGGUACAAAACAGUGACAUUUCCACAAGCUUGAAAGAGAUCAAGGAAAUGCUGGACUCUAUAUACCUCUUUUUUUUUUAGAUGGACCAAAUGAGCCUUUCAACAGAUGGUUGCUCAUGAACACUGGUGCAUCUGAUCUUCUGAAAGAAGUGAAGUUAAGAAGUACUAAAUCUAUACUCUUUAAAUUAAGGAGCACCUUGCCUGCAUCUUUUAUAGUCUCUUUCUAAGCCACUAAAGUAUUGUUGUUGGGGUUUUUAACAAUUUACAUGUGGAAAAGAGGGGGGUGGGGGGGGUUAACUCUUUUUUUUCCCCUUUAGUUUGACAUUAUUUGUAUUUUCUUAAAUGAAAGAAAAAAAAACAUUGUAGCUUUCUGUGCUUCCAUUAAAAAUGGAGUUGGGCUAAUGGUA